UAUGGAACAACCCAGCGUCUGGUGCAAAACGUGAAAUUUAAGGCAUGUGUUUUAAUCUCACAUAAAACCAGCGUCGGCCCAUGUUAACUUGUUUGCCAGUCGCUGUUUAACUCAUGAAAAUGGAAAAAACAGAGUCAACGAAGGUUGAUGCUUCCGGUGAGCUGACCGCGGCGAUGCGAGCUAAAAUUGAGAGAAACCGACAGCGGGCGUUGAUGCUCCGGCAGGCCCGGCUAGCGAGCCGAUCUCUGGCCACAUUGGAGGGAGCGACCCCCUCAAAAGUCGCCAAAAUCAUCGACUCUGGUGCAGGUUUCUUUAUUGAGGAAGAAGGCGACGGAGAGCAGGAGCAAAAAGUUAACACUGUGGUACAUCAGCCAGCUCCCGUCAUUCAGCCAGACUACUUGGUGUGUGAUGACUGUGACAAACCUUUCAUGGAUUCCUACCUCAGCAACAGCUUCGACCUGUCUGUCUGUGAUAAGUGCAGAGACAAUGAGGUGAAGCACAAGUUGAUCUCUCGUACGGAGGCAAAACAGCAGUACCUGCUGAAGGACUGUGACCUGGACAAGAGAGAGCCGCCGCUGAAAUUCAUACUGAGGAAAAACCCUCACAACCCACACUGGGGAGACAUGAAGCUUUAUCUAAAACUACAGGUGGAAAAGAGGUGUAUGGAGGUUUGGGGCUCAGAGGAGGCUCUGGAGGAGGCUAGAGAAACCAGAGAGGAGAACAGAGAGGUGCAGAAACAAAAGCGUUUCAACAAAAAGGUCAAAGAAUUGCGGAGGGCGGUGCGGAGCAGUGUGUGGACCAAAGACACCAGCAUUCACCAACAUCAGUACGGACCUGAGGAGGUGCUGGAUGAGGAGGAGGACCUCUACAAGAAAACCUGCACCACGUGUGGACAUGAACUCACCUACGAGAAGAUGUAGAGAGACAGACAUGCACAAGUAUGCACAACACACAAACUCUGCAAAGGCAUCUGUCCCAGCUGUUCUCUAUGUCGUACUGUAUUGUCAUCAUGUGCUGCACAUCUUAUCUGUGGGUAGAAAGAAGGUGGACGCUUAUGAAGUUUUCUUACUUUUCAUUUUGAUUCCUGCUUCAAAGAUCCACCACAAAACCUCAACCUGUUAACUUUCCUAAGUGGAUCUGUUAAUUUAGUCAUGUUUUGAGCUUUUGCACCCUUUUGCAUUUACCGUUAGUGAACGUUUUUGUGUGUCAGCAAAGAUAAUUAAAGUUGAGGAAGCCACUAAACUGAAACUUGAAACUUGUAUUGCGCAACACCCAGUAUUUUCUUCAUCUAACCGAGUGAAGCUUUUCUCAUGGAGAUUGCUGCUUUCCUGUGAGCCUCCCUUUGACUUUUCUACCUUAUGGCUGUUAAGUGUGUUUCAUGGCUAUUUUAGAUCCAGAGAGCAUUGUGAAUCAUUACAUUUGCCAUUAAUGUUAUUACUUUUGUAGCAUUACUGCUGAAAUUACAAGUUUGGUUGACAUUUGCCAUUAUUUAAAACAUUUUACAAAAGGAGUCCAUAAAUUGGAUUCAUUCAGAAAUGUCAUGUAGUCUGCAUCUGCAUUAAUAUGAAUAGUCUUGACCUGAUUGGAAAUACAGAAGCAAUAUCACAGAUUUCAAAAUUUGUGAACUGCUUUUAUGCUGUAUUGUGUGUUGUGUCAGCUGGAGAUAGAGGAGCAGUCAAGAGCAACAUCUCCUCUGAUGUUGUCCACAAUAAAUACUCAGGUCAUUGUUGAAAUGUCU